GUACUUUUGAGCAACUAUACUCUCAUUCUAUUCGCACAAAAUGGCAGCCGCGACUACCCGCCUCCCUGAAAAGAGAUGGCCAUGAAAGCGAAAAAAAACCAACACACCCUACUCAAAGACAUGCCAUCGAACCCACCCCUCACCCUCUUCCCUGCACCCUCCUCCCACGCGCACAUGACCAUCACCGACUACAACUGUUUCCAAGGUGAGAAUUCUAUCGCACCGCCCAAAGACCUCCUCUCCACGCUCCCAGCCGGAUAUUCCGUCCCGUCAUCCUAAAAUACCACCCGUUCAACGUUUGGAACACGGUAUCUCGGACGCUAAAAGACCACGAAGCCGACCUAACCUGGGACGGGGAACUUGAAGUCUUUGUACACAUGUCUCCUACAAGCUUUAUAAUCAGAUUACUCCCCCUUCAACCAUCAACACGUACUUUCCUGGUCCACACUCUCCGACCUCGAACAC